AAAUGUAUUUCUAAACUUUGUUAACAAGAAUUCUGUUCUUUGGACAAUAAAGUUCUUUCUCUUUCUCUCUCAAUUAUGCACCACAUACCAUGGUCUGUGUUACCUAUGCACUUCUAACUAAUGGCAAUGUUCACGGUCAUCGACCUAACCUAAUAAUUUUGACUUGAAUGAAAUGAAAGUACUAAAACGGGUGCAGCGUGCAGUUUUGUUAGUACUUCUUGCCAUAUGUUAGUGGUUUUUCUCAUUUAAACAAUCCGCCGUUUUCAAAAGAGAGUUUUUCACUUCGCCAUUACUAUAAACAUAGAAGCCUAAGACAAAAUGAGUACUGUAACAAUGACUGCAAAGGAGGUGAGAAACGCAUAUAUAGAUUUCUUCAAAGAAAAAGAUCAUGUUUAUGUCCACUCCUCAUCAACAAUACCUCUGGACGAUCCCACCUUGCUCUUCACCAAUGCUGGAAUGAACCAGUACAAGUCGAUCUUCCUCGGAACUGUUGAUCCAAACAGCGACUUGUCCAAAUUGGUUCGUGCUGUGAAUACUCAGAAGUGCAUUCGUGCUGGGGGAAAGCACAACGAUUUAGAUGAUGUUGGAAAAGACGUAUAUCAUCAUACGUUUUUUGAAAUGAUGGGAAAUUGGUCAUUUGGGGACUAUUUCAAGAAAGAAGUUUGUACUUGGGCUUGGGAAUUUCUAACGGAGAAGCUGAAGUUACCAGCUGAUCGCCUUUAUGUGACUUAUUUUGGGGGAGAUUCUAAAUCUGGACUGGAGCCAGAUAAUGAAUGUAAACAGAUAUGGCUAGAUCUUGGGAUAACUCCUAGUCAUGUCAUACCGGGCUCAAUGAAAGACAACUUCUGGGAAAUGGGGGAGACCGGUCCAUGUGGGCCUUGCUCAGAGCUUCAUUAUGAUCGAAUCGGGGGUCGUGAUGUGCCAGAACUUGUUAAUAUGGAUGACCCUGAUGUUCUGGAAAUUUGGAACCUGGUGUUCAUCCAGUUCAACAGGGAAACUGAUGGAUCCUUGAAAGCCUUGCCGAAAAAACAUAUCGAUUGUGGUCUUGGACUCGAGAGGCUGGUAUCUGUGAUUCAAAAUAAAAGGUCAAACUACGACACUGAUUUGUUUAUGCCACUGUUCGAAGCCAUUCAAAAAGGAACUGGAGCUCCACCCUAUCAGGGAAGGGUAGGAAGUGAAGACGUAGAUGGAAUCGAUAUGGCCUACAGAGUUCUUGCUGACCAUGCCAGAACCUUGACCAUUGCUCUGUCUGACGGGGGAAAUCCUGAUAAUACUGGAAGAGGGGGCAAGGGUGCUGGAGUUGCAGACAACAUCAACUUGGAUGUUCACUCAAUAACGGAACUGCAGGACAAGGGUGUGCCUCCUACGGAUGAUUCCCUGAAGUACGCUUAUAAAUCUGGACAAAACGUCGAUUCAGAAUACACCUUUGAACCGUGCGAAGCAACUGUGAUUGCUCUACGAUUCAACAAACAGUUCGUCGAUGAAGUUCAUACAGGAAACGAAUGCGGCAUCCUUUUGGACAAAACAAACUUCUACGCAGAACAAGGAGGUCAAAUCUACGACACAGGGUACAUUGUGAAAGUUGGGGAUGACAGCGUUGAGUUUUCCGUAAAGAACGUCCAAGUCAGAGGGGGUUACAUCGUUCACAUAGGAAACCUGGAAGGAACACUGAAGAAGGGGGAUAAAGUCAGUCUACACAUUGACGCCUCAAGAAGGCGUCUGGUGAUGAGCAACCACACUGGCGCUCACAUCCUCAACUAUGCUUUGAGGAAGGUCUUGGGCACCGAAGCGGACCAGCGAGGGUCCUUGGUAGCCCCCGACAGGCUAAGGUUCGACUUUACGAACAAGGGAGCAUUGACGAUAGAGCAAGUCAAAAAAACCGAAGAGAGCUCUAAAGAGCUGAUAGCUAGGAAUGACAAAGUGUAUGCCAAAGAAGCUGGUUUGGCAGUGGCAAAAACCGUGAGGGGGCUACGUGCCGUUUUUGAAGAAACCUACCCGGACCCGGUGAGGAUCGUUUCCGUGGGUAUUCCAGUGGAGGAGCUGGAACGAGACCCGUUCAGCCCAGCGGGUGAUGGUACUUCUAUUGAGUUUUGCGGUGGCACCCAUGUGCAGUAUGCAGGCCAUAUCGGGGACUUCGUGAUAUCUAGCGAGGAGGCCAUCGCCAAGGGAAUAAGGAGGAUAGUAGCUCUCACAGGGCCGGAAGCUACUAAAGCUUUGAAGAAAAACGAGCUGCUGGAAAACAGGCUGAACGAACUGAAAUCUCUUAUCGACACUGACAAAGAUGGCAGCAGGUCUAAGGAACAUGUUAAGAAAAUCGUAGAGCUCACGGAGGAAGUCUCCCAGGCAGUGAUACCGUACUGGAAAAAGGACGAAAUGAGGAACACGUUGAAGAACCUCAAGAAGGCCUUGGACGAUAAGGACCGCGCCGUAAAAGCAGCAGUGGCCAACAAAGUUGUCGAUGAAGUCAAGGAAUUCGUCAAGGAGCACCCUAACCUUCCCGUCCUGGUUAAGGAGCUCAAGGCGUUCAAUAACACUAAAGCUCUUGACACCGCUUUGAAGCAAGUGAGGAGUUUGAGCCCCGCCACUUCGGCUUUGUUCGUCACCGUGGAUCCAGACUCCAACAAGAUGUUCUGCUUGUCGUCUGUUCCGAAAGAGGCUAUCGAGAAAGGGUUGAAAGCUAACGAUUGGGUGCAGGAAGUGGCGAAAAAGUUGGGUGGGAAAGGAGGCGGGAAACCAGAUUCCGCCCAGGCUUCUGGUAGUAAUAACGCUGCGGUCGAUGAUGUUAUAGAUCUGGCUAGGAAGUUUGCUGAAAGUAAACUGUCGUGAGAUGUUUUGGCUUCAAAACUUAUUAUUCAAAGUGCAUUUCAAGUUGACUUUAAGGGUUUAUUUAUAUUAUUUUACUGUCGACUGUUUUAAUAAAUCGAUUUUUCCAAUGAG